UCCGGCCGUUUCCCCCGCCCAUCUCCCACCCCGGGACCGUGAAACGCCCCCGGUACCGGGAGCCAGCCCUGCUGCGAGCUCCGCGGACACGUGGGGACAGCGGGAAGCGGGCACAAAGGGAUCGGGGGAAGUGGGGACACUGGGAUGUGGGGACUGGGGACAAAGGGACCUGGGGAAGGGGAGACACCGGGAGACAGGAACACUGGACCGUGGGAAGGUGGGGACAAAGGGACCUGGGGCCGUCAAGAUGCAGGGACAAUGGGAUGUGGGGACAUGAGGAUGCGGGGAUCUGGGGACACAGGGAUCCGGUGACACAGGGCCACGGGGCCGGACAGGUGGCUGCCCCGUCCAUCUCGGCGCCGGAGCGGCGCAUCCGGGCGGGGCGCAGCACGACCGUGCCGGGACGGCGGGGACGGCGCUUUCCCCGGCAAACCGCGGCCGGCGAUCCGCCCACGGCACGGCGGAACGGGGGGAUCCCCGGGGAGCCACCCACGACACGUCCCGGUACGGAACGUGGGGGUUCUCGGGGAGCCACUCACGGCACGGCAUGGUACCGAAUGUGGGGUCCCCGGGGAGCCACCCACGGCACGGCACGGAACGUGGGGGUCCCCGGGGAGCCCCCCAGGGCACUACCCGGAAUGGAACGUGGAGUCCCCGGGGAUCCACUCACGGCACGGCCCGAGGGGUGCCCGGGGAGCCCCCAGGGCCCCCACGCUGUCUCGCACAGCCGGCCGCCGGGAGCGGAGCGAUGCCGCUGCUGGAACGGGCUGGGGUCGGCCCCUCGGCGCUGCCCUCCCCGGGACGGGGCCCCGCAGGUGGGGAGCGCGGAGGAGGAGCCUCUGCGGUGCCGGGAAGCCCAAGGGUGGUGCCGGAGUCGGGGAGGAGCGGUGGGGGCCCGGCCGCGCUGGGGGGCUCGGGGUGACCCCCGGGGCCAGGACAGGGGGGUGCUGGUGAGCCCCCCAACACGGAGAGGGGCUGGCAGGGCAGAGCCACAGCGGGGUCCCCUCGCCCACCUCCUCACACAUGGGAACCCCCCCAGCCCCAGGGGAGCCCAAAUUCACCCGUAUUCCCCGCAAAAGAGGGGGGGAAUAUAAUAACCCCAAAUAACCCCGCAACACCCCCAGCCUCUCACCACCCCCUCCCCACAACAUCCUCCACCCUUCCCCCUCCCCAACCACCACAAC